AUGCUGCUAGCAGCCGACAGUUUGCCACACCUCAGUAACGAGGUUGCAGCAUCCUUGAAAGGCCACAUUCCUAAACGUCUAUUUACGAAUAUCUUGGAUAAGUUCAACCCUGGAGCUCGUCAGAUGAUAACAGCUGGUAAAGCUUACUUAAAGGCUUUACACGGUGCCGCUGCUGCAUCUCGUAUGUACGUUGAUGCUGUGGGUAAGCUAGGAAGACAGGCCCAGCAGGGAACUUGGGGAGGAUGUGCCGAUAUCGGUACAGCUCUUAUGAAGGUUGUGGAAGUCUACCGGGAAAUACAAGAUCAACAAAUGAAUAUUUUAAAAGCCUUUUACGUAGACUUGCUGGUCCCUCUGGAGACUAAUCUAGAAAAAGAUACGAAAGUCGUACAGUCUGAGCAAAAAAGGUUUUUACAACAACAUAAACUACGCUCUGAGAGUUACAGCAAGGCCGCUGCAACCAUCAAAAAACAAAGAAAGAAAAAAACGAAUGUUACCAAAGUUGGUACAGCCAUGGACAAAGAAAUGAAGAGUAUGCAAAUAUUGGAGGAAGAAAAAACUAAACUAGAUGCUUUUUGCGAACAAAGCUUAAAAAAUGCAAUGACUCAAGAACGCAGGCGAUACGGUUUUGUAUUAGAACGCCAGUGUUCUCUCGCUAAACAUUGGCUUGCGUACCAUACAGCCGGUGCAACAGCUUAUAACACUGGCCUAGAUGAAUGGCUAGAAGUAUCGAGGACUAGAGAAUUCCUGCCGUCCAAUGUUGAAGCCAUGUUUGUGAGCAGAAUGAGGCAAGUAUCUUUCUGGGCUGAUGAAGAUGUAUACGCAAGUCCACGUAAUGGCGAUGACGAUGAUGGUGCUUCCGUUGGUUCCGCCUUACGCAAAACAAGAUCUGUAGAUGCUUCUUGUCUAGACGUUAGAUCUAUUGCAGAUCUGGGAUCACCCAGCCAUGGAAUAUCAAGAGCCAAAUCUGAUUUAAAUCUUCAAGCAAGUCUGCAUACUAUGGAACAAGAUAUAGAAACACGAAAUAAAACACGUCCCUCUUCCCUUGCGCCACCAACAUGCACAUCACGAGAUCCUCCACUAGCCCGCGCCCUUUACGCUUAUUCUGCUGCUGGUGACAACCAACUCAGUUUUCAACAAGGAGAUAUAUUAGCUUUGCUUGGAGAUCGAACUAAAGGUUGGCAAUAUGGAGAAAAUUUGCGAACUCAUGGCGCCGGAUGGUUUCCAUUAGCUUAUACAGAACCCAUGAUUAAUGAGGAAACUGGGGGAAGUUCUCCCGCUCGUUGGAGCAGUGCCCAAACACCUAGUGAGACGCCACCACCUGCUCCCAUAUCGCACACCCAAAUGUCAUCAGCAACUCCUACGCCUCAUUCACAUAAUCAUCCACCAACACGCAUGUUUGGAGAUACUGUUACGGCUCAUCAUGUAGCAAAGGGUCGAUUGGCAAAUAGCUCUCCUGGUUUACCACCGACGCUGCCGGCACCAUCACCAAGUGCUCUGAGCACUUCUGCAAGUGCUACAUUCCAUCCAACCCCGUUAGCAGCAGUAGCAUCAAGCGCCAUAAAAAACUCUACUUCGGCUGCUAGUUUUACUACCCAUGCGGUUAUAGAAACUAGAAGUUUUGGACCCCAAACGUUACCAAUGCGUUCUCAGAUUGCCCAAAAAGUAGCUCCGGCUAAAACUGUUGUGUCGGCAGUAGGUGCAGUGGGUAAUGUCUCCUUGCAUAGUUCCAACGAUUCUGGUUUUUCCAAUGAACCACCUCCACAACCUGAUGUUGACUACAGCGAUGAAGAGGCACAACGACUUCGCGUUCCUAUCAGUAAAUCCGCACAGCUUAACAAUGAACGCAAAGCUUAUCUAUUAAAAACACAAAGUUUAAAAAGAGGUCCGGGUCCUAAGAACACAAAUAAUGGAUAUUUGACAGAUGAUCAACAAUUAUUGCUACGUAAUAUGUUGGAUAUGGAUAAAGAUUCUCAAAAAAUUAAAAGAACAAAAUCCUUUUGGAAAUUUGGGCGUACCACUUCUGAAGAGAUAAUGGAGGGUAUGUGUCUUUGGCAGCAUCGUGACAUAGUUGAUACUGUUCCCGAAUAUAAAAAGAAACUAUUUGUUAAAUUAAAAAAAGAAUUGCGACCAGCGCCUGAAAUACCUGAAACAAAUAAAAUAAAAAGUCAGCCAGACAAACCCUCAUCUUUGAAAGAUGGCAGCUCUUCCAGACCUCAAGAAACAAUAGAUAGAAAAGAUAUAAAAGUGAACAAUGGUAUGCGACAGGCAAGAAGUUUAGGUUCUAUUCAACACGAAGAACAUACUGAGAGAGAGAAAAAGCAAAAUCAAAUGAUAAACAAGAAAAGUUUCUCCGAAAAGUCUAUUGUUGAAGAAAAACAAGAUGACUUCGUUAAUCGCAAUGAAUCGCGGCACUCUGAUUUUACAAACACCAGUACUAUAAAAACCAAUUUUGAAAACAGUUUUUACAAUGAUGAAAAUGGGGAUGGCUAUGUUAUGAAAACUGUGAAACGUAGAGAAAUACUUCAAAGAUAUGAUAACGAGAGCAAUUCAGAUAAUAACUCUGUAGCAUCUAGUACAGAUCCCUAUGAUUGUAUCAUCGUUGAUGAUCAUAUGACUUCUAAGAAACAACAAGAACUUGAUAGACGUCGUCAAACACAAAUUAUGGAAAACGAUAUUAAAACUAAUGAAGAGAAUGCUUAUAUGCCUGAGUUUGAGGAAAUCGAGGUAACGCCUAUAAAGCCCCAUGUUCGUGCAACAUUAUUAAAUGAUAAAGCUAAAAAACCAUCACGUGAAAGAUCUCCACCGAAAAUUAUGGAAUUCAAAACCUUUAAGGACUCCUCAAAAGAAAUUAAAACAUUUUCUGCUUCUUCUGAAACAUUAAAGUAUAAGGAUAAUGAACAACCAACAGACCGUUAUGGCAAUCCACUUGAGCGAAAUAACAAUGAGAAUCGAAAAGACGAGAUGUAUAAUGAUGAUAAUGGAACUUUAAAAUAUAAAAAACGGUCUAAUGAAGAAAAAUCAAGGAAGCAUAACUUUGAAAAUGGUAAUACUAGAGAUUAUCCACAAGCAGAGACGAGGCAUCAAAAGAAAGACGCUCGUCUGUUUGAAAAUACGGAACCAAGAAUUGAUUAUUCUUUGGAUCGACGUCAGUCAAAAAAAGAGUAUAUUGAGUCAAAAAAUCGUGAUAAUAAGGCAAGAAAUAGAGUAAACAGGAGUUAUGAUGACAGUUCAUUACAGUAUAAUGGUCGCAAAGAAGAGAGAUAUUAUGAAUCAAAUAUUUCGUACUUCAGUGACCAAGAAAGAAGAACAUCUAGGUAUGAUUAUGAAACUGAUUCUAAAAAAGCAGAAAAGUCAAAGAUGCGCCAAGAAGAAGCGAGAUUGGAAGCGAGGCGUAUAAAUGAACGUAGGACUGAUGCACCAUACAGUGAAUCGGAUGAUCAAAAAUUUAACGAAGCUUUAAAACAACAGCGACCUCAACUUUUACCGAGAACUAAGCUUCUUAAACGAACCGCGGAUGGUAAUGAGUUGCCAGAAGACGGUCAUACCUUCGGACCCUGGUACGAUUUAUGGGGACGAGAAACUGCUAUGUACAAAUAA